AUGGCUCUGGCAUUGUUGAUUGUAGUGAGCUUCUUCACAGGAUAUAAGUUGUUCAUCAUGAUGAUGGUGAGGCACCUCAUGUCAACUGGAAAAGCUGUGGCUGCUUAUGUCGAAGUCCCAGCACACGCUCCUGCUAAGGUUCCGGCUCAUUCACCAGCUAAUCCACCGCCCGUGAAGGCACCAACUCUUGCUCCUCCAGCAAAGCCACCUACUUAUUAUCUCGUGCCUCCGCCAAAGGCACACGCCCCCGUGCCCCAACCAUCUCAUGCACCAUCUCAUCAUGCUCCUCCAGCGAAGGCACCAGCUCAUGCACCACCAUCUCAUGCACCAACUCACGCACCACCAGCUUAUGCACCAAAGUCACCCACUUAUUAUCAUGCGCCUCCGCCAAAGGCACACGCCCCCGUACCCUCACCAUCUCAUGCACCAUCUCAUCAUGCUCCUCCAGCGAAGGCACCAGCUCAUGCAUCACCAUCUCAUGCACCAGCUCAUGCACCAAAGCCACCACCUUAUUAUCAUGCACCUCCACCAAAGGCACACGCUCCCGUGCCAUCAGUUCAUGAGCCACCCACUUAUGCACCAUCGCCCUCAGUGAAGUCAAAAGAGGGUACAUAUCAUAUAUCCCUUGUUAGAAUAAUGGUUAUUGGUUGA